GAACUAUGGAGGCCGCGCCCGGGACCCCCCCGCCGCCGCCAUCAGAAUCGCCGCCGCCGCCAUCGCCGCCAUCAACGCCUUCGCCUCCUCCGUGUUCCCCCGACGCCUGCCCGGCCACCCCGCACCUCCUCCACCGCCUCCCGCUCCCUGACGACAGGGAAGAUGGUGAGUUGGAAGAAGGUGAACUGGAAGAUGAUGGGGCAGAGGAGACCCAGGACACCUCCGGAGGGCCUGAGAGGAGCAGGAAAGAAAAGGGGGAGAAGCACCACAGUGAUUCAGACGAGGAGAAGUCUCACAGGAGACUGAAGCGGAAGCGGAAGAAAGAGCGGGAGAAAGAGAAGAGGAGAUCGAAGAAGAGGAGGAAAUCUAAACACAAGCGCCAUGCGUCCUCCAGCGAUGACUUCUCCGACUUCUCUGAUGACUCUGAUUUCAGCCCCAGUGAGAAGGGGCACCGCAAGUACAGAGAGUACAGCCCCCCGUACGCACCGUCCCACCAGCAGUACCCCCCAUCGCACAGCACAUCCCUGCCCAAGAAGUCCUACUCCAAGAUGGACAGCAAAGGCUAUGGCAUGUAUGACGACUACGAGAACGAGCAGUACGGGGAGUAUGAGGGCGACGAGGAGGAGGACAUGGGCAAGGAGGACUACGACGACUUCGCCAAAGAGCUGAACCAGUAUCGGCGUGCCAAGGAGGGCAGCAGCCGGGGCCGAGGCAGCCGAGGCCGUGGCAGGGGCUACCGGGGCCGAGGAAGCCGCGGAGGGUCUCGAGGCCGAGGCAUGGGCCGGGGCAGCCGAGGCAGGGGCAGAGGCUCCAUGGGAGACCACCCAGAGGACGAAGAUGACUUUUAUGAGGAUGAGAUGGAUUAUGGAGAGUGUGAGGAACCAAUGGGAGAUGACGAUUAUGACGACUAUUCUAAGGAGCUGAACCAGUACCGCCGGUCCAAGGAUGGCCGAGGACGAGGGUUAAAUCGGGGCCGUGGCCGGGGUUCCCGUGGUCGAGGCAAAGGGAUGGGCCGGGGCCGUGGUCGAGGUGGUAGCCGAGGAGGAAUGAACAAGGGUGGAAUGAACGAUGACGAAGACUUCUAUGAUGAUGACAUGGGCGAUGGAGGUGGAAGCUACCGGAGGAGCGACCAUGACAAGCCCCACCAGCAGUCCGACAAGAAAGGCAAAGUCAUCUGCAAAUACUUCGUGGAGGGGCGGUGCACGUGGGGAGACCACUGUAAUUUUAGCCAUGACAUUGAGCUACCAAAGAAGCGAGAACUGUGCAAGUUUUACAUCACCGGAUUUUGUGCCAGAGCUGAGAACUGCCCCUACAUGCAUGGUGAUUUUCCGUGUAAGUUAUACCACACAACUGGGAACUGCAUCAAUGGUGACGACUGCAUGUUCUCCCACGACCCUCUGACCGAGGAGACAAGAGAACUCUUGGAUAAGAUGUUGGCUGAUGAUGCAGAAGCAGGUGCUGAGGAUGAAAAGGAAGUUGAAGAACUAAAGAAGCAGGGCAUCAACCCUCUGCCCAAGCCACCCCCCGGUGUGGGCCUCCUGCCCCCACAGAUGCCCAUGCCAGUGCAUGAGCCGCUGUCCCCACAGCAGCUGCAGCAGCAGCAGGACAUGUACAACAAGAAGAUCCCCUCCUUGUUUGAGAUCGUGGUACGGCCCACAGGACAGCUGGCUGAGAAACUGGGUGUGAGGUUCCCUGGACCUGGAGGACCCCCAGGGCCAAUGGGCCCUGGGCCCAAUAUGGGACCCCCGGGGCCAAUGGGGGGUCCAAUGCAUCCUGACAUGCACCCUGAUAUGCACCCGGACAUGCACCCCGACAUGCACCCGGACAUGCAUCCCGAUAUGCCGAUGGGCCCUGGCAUGAACCCUGGCCCGCCCAUGGGACCUGGUGGACCCCCAAUGAUGCCCUAUGGCCCUGGAGACUCCCCACAUUCUGGAAUGAUGCCCCCCAUCCCACCAGCCCAGAACUUCUAUGAAAACUUUUACCAGCAGCAGGAAGGCAUGGAGAUGGAGCCGGGACUCAUGGGGGACGCAGAGGACUACGGGCACUACGAAGAGCUGCCAGGGGAGCCUGGGGACCACCUCUUCCCCGAGCACCCUCUGGAGCCCGACAGCUUCUCUGAGGGAGGGCCCGCAGGCCGGCCGAAGCCGGGCGCCGGUGUCCCCGACUUCCUGCCCUCAGCCCAGAGGGCCCUGUACCUGAGGAUCCAGCAGAAGCAGCAGGAGGAGGAGGAGAGAGCAAGGAGGCUGGCUGAGAGCAGCAAGCAGGACCGGGAGAAUGAGGAAGGUGACACUGGAAACUGGUACUCAAGCGAUGAGGACGAGGGUGGGAGCAGCGUCACCUCCAUCCUUAAGACCCUGAGGCAGCAGACGUCAAGCCGACCCCAGGCUUCUGUUGGGGAGCUGAGCAGCAGUGGGUUGGGGGAUCCCCGCCUCCAGAAAGGACACCCUACUGGAAGCCGGCUGGCUGACCCCCGCCUCAGCCGGGACCCCAGACUCACCCGCCACGCUGAGGCUUCCAGCGGGUCAGGCCCAGGUGACACGGGACCCUCCGACCCUCGGCUGGCUCGCUCUCUGCCUGCCUCCAAGCCUGAAGGUGGCCUUCAUUCCAGCCCUGGAGGCCCCAGUGGCUCCAAGGUGUCCGGGCUACCCCCUACAGAAGAAGAGGAAGGGGAGCGGGCCCUGCGGGAGAAGGCUGUGAACAUUCCCCUGGACCCCCUCCCUGGGCACCCUCUGCGGGACCCACGAUCUCAGCUGCAGCAGUUCAGCCACAUCAAGAAGGAUGUGACCCUGAGCAAGCCAAGCUUCGCCCGCACUGUGCUCUGGAACCCCGAGGACCUGAUCCCCCUGCCCAUCCCCAAGCAGGACGUUGUGCCCCCCAUCCCCGCUGCCCUGCAGUCCAUGCCUGCCCUGGACCCCAGGCUGCAUCGGACCACCACUGCGGGUCCCCCCAACCCCCGACAGCGCCCAGGUACCUCCACGGACCCCGGCUCAUCUGGCUCUAACCUGCCUGAUUUCGAGCUCCUCUCUCGCAUCCUCAAGACUGUCAAUGCCACUGGCUCCUCCACUGCCCCCAGCCCCAGCGACAAGCCCAGUGACCCCCGGGUGCGGAAGGCCCCCACUGACCCUCGGCUGCAGAAGCCAGCGGACUCUGCUGCCGCCUCCCGUGCUGCCAAGCCUGGCUCUGCAGAAACACCCUCUCCAGCUGCCAGUCCCAGUGGGGAGUCCUCUCCCCCAGCCACCGCCCCCUAUGACCCCCGAGUGCUGGCAGCUGGUGGGCUAGGCCAGGGAAGUGGGAGCGGGCAGAGCAGCGUGCUGAGCGGCAUCAGCCUCUACGACCCCAGGACUCCCAACGCAGGUGGUAAAGCCGCAGAGCCUGCUACUGAUGUGGCUGCCCAGCCUAAGGGCCCCGAGGGCAACGGCAAGAGCUCAGCUGCCAAGGCUAAGGAGCCCCCAUUUGUCCGCAAGUCUGCACUGGAACAGCCUGAAUCAGGGAAGUCCAGUGCGGAUGGCGCCUCAGCCAUAGCCACGGACAGAUACAACAGUUACAACCGGCCCCGGCCCAAGGCUGCUGCUGCCCCAGCCACCGCCACAGGCACCCCACCACCAGAGGGUGCUCCACCCCAGCCUGGCGUGCACAACCUGCCUGUGCCCACCCUCUUUGGGACCGUGAAACAGGCGCCUAAGACGGGUUCCGGUAGCCCGUUUGCUGGCAACAGCCCAGCCCGAGAGGGCGAGCAGGACGCAGGGUCCCUGAAAGAUGUUUUUAAAGGUUUUGACCCCACCGCCUCCCCCUUUUGCCAGUAGUGUUAAGCCGGAGUGGAGCUCUACCUGCACCCCACCUUCCUAGAGCUAUAUUUAAGUGCAGCAUCCAGAGUUGGGAACUUGGGGGGCAGGGGGGCCUGGGUGCUCUUUCUUUGCUUUUUCCCUUUUUUUUUUCUUUUGCUGUCUCUCUCUCUCUCUUCCUUCCCUCCCUUUUAUUUAGUAGUACUUUCUUUUUAAAACAUAUAAAUUGUAUAUAACCAUCUUCAGUUCUGGUCAGUGCUACUGGGCUCCCAGGCUCCCGCUGAGAAAACCUACUUGUGCACGUGAAGAGUUUGCAGGUCGCCAGCUGGUGCUCUGCCUGGCCAGCUCAAUUUUCAGGGACUCCUUGAAGACUGGGGGUCCAGUGGGUUUUCUGGGCACAGCUUGGCCCCUCCUCCUACCCCCCGCCCCCAGGACAAAGGGAAUACAGUAGGUGCUGAGAAGGCACUGAAUACUGCUCACUGUGUUGCAUGAAGAGGCAAGAUGGAGCCAGGACUGUGGCAGGACUCGCUUCAGGGGCCAGUGGGAGUGAAAAAAUAUCCAGAAAAGAAAGGAAAAGCUCUGGGGAGCUGCCCGGACUGGAAGAAACAAAGCCCUUUCCUGCCACUAUCUCAUCUGGAUUCGCACCACCCUCUGUCCAGAGUUCACCUUUGACCCCUCAUCAAAGACUCCAGGGUGAGAGAUGGACCUGGAGGUGGCAGGGCUGGUGUGGGGCGGGUUCCCCAAGCUGCUUCCUGGAGGCAGCACCGCAGAUCGCCUGUUUUCCGUCAGUAUUAGCUCUUGUCCUGUUGUGGCCAUGCCCUUCUCCCCUCAUGCCAGGGGCUGUCCUGCUCCUCAGAAGCCAGAACACCCAGCAUGCUGGCCCUGGCGCCCCUGGGGACAGCUCAAGGAUCCGUGGCAUGGCCACCCCACCAGGCUCCCAACAGAGGAGCCCUGGCUGGCUCUUGGCAAAGUAUUUCUGCUCUCCGCUUCCUUCGCCCCUCCUUGCACCAUGUCUUUAGGGCCCAUGGUUUCGGUAUGUUUGGUUUUCUUCUAAGCGACAGGUGCACAAGUUCAGAGGCGUGUCAGGGUGUUGGAUUGGUGGGCACUUCCAUAAAAAGGGCCUGGGGGGAGGGCAGGAGAGUAGCCAUUGCAGGAUGGGGGCUCCUGGGCCCUCUCCCCAACCAUGGGGUGUGGAAUUGGAAGCCUGCAUCCUGCUCCCCUCAUCCAGCUGAGCCGGGAAGGGAGCAGAGAUGUGCUCCCCCUUUACCCCAGGACCCCAGCUAAGGUCCAGCCCUGUCCACAGAGCUCCAGAUGAGGUUCACCCCAUUGACAGGGCCUGGGAAACUGGCAGGGCCUGUGCCAGUCCAUGACCUCCUGCCUUUCACCUCAUCCCACUGCCUCAGUCACCUCCCUUAAGGCCCCAUCCCUCCCUUGCUAAUAAUGAGGAAACCUGGUGACCCAGCCGAAGGGUUCCCCCUCCCUGCACCUUGGGGUGGGAGGUGAAUGAGGCUGCUAUACCCUCUCCCCAGACAAAUCUAAUUGAGUUUGGGGCCAGAAGCGAGGGCCGGAGAGGCAGCCCCACAGGGUCAUUGCGCCAUGAUCAGGUUGGUUUGGUUUGUCUUUGUGUCUUUUUUGUUUUGUUUUUUUUUAAACAUUAGCGAGAUUUUUCUUCAGCCAUGUGUUGGCCUUGAGCAGACGACUGCAGCCGGUGGUGUUUGUACAAUAAGUAAGAAUACACAGUGUGGCUGUAGGGUUUUUUUCCUUCUCAGAAUUUUCUUUUGUAAAAGCAAAUUAAAUACUUUUUUAAAACUGAAAUUUGUGGAUGAAAUAGAAGCUGGAGCCCUCUUGGAUAUCCAGCCUAAGAACCUCAUGGGACUAUGAAUUUACCCAAAAUUUUCAUUUGCCAUCAGGCCGAGCUUUUAAAGAAAAAUUGUUCUCUAACCAGGAUUGUAACAAAAGUGUAAAUACUAUUUCAGAAAGUUGAUGGUGCAAAUAUGUAUAUAAUGUACUGUAUUUUUACAAUGAUCGUCGCAUGCCUCUAUUCCACCCCCUUUUUGUACUCUGUAUCUGUCUUCCAGAAACGUCACCUGCCUUUCUCCUGUGGUCUCUUAAUCCAAUAAUUGUAUUACUGCCAUUAAAGGAUGCAGUUAUUUUAAAAAGCC